AUGACAGUGUUCGAUAGAUUUUUAUCAAUUCUGACAAUUCCUGCGAAAAACUCGAACGGUUCGGACACCAACUCGACAGAUCUCUACGAAGAAUGGAAAAACGGCGACGGACAGUGUGAGCGAGUCCCGGUCCUUUUCGGGUCACUUUCUCGAAUUGCAGAUCUUCUUCCGUUACUUCUCGCCCUCACAGUCGUUUUCUGCUGCAUUUGCGUCGUUUUGCACGCGUGUAUUUGGUAGAGAUUCCCUGUGAAACGGACAAUAUUCCAAGUUUCCGAUUGUAGGAUUCUCUUCCGUUGUAUCCGAUCGAUGGUGUGCGAGGAGGAUGAGGAACUGAGCGGGAUCAGACGACAGUCGAGCCAUUCGGGCGACUCCUCUUUGGCAAUCAAGGCGAAAUCGACAGAAAGUGAGAAUUUGGUAAGAUGAAAAUACUGGGUGAAAAGGAAUCGGAAAGCUGAGGGUUCAGAUGGCUGCGCGAGCAAGCGAUCCGAGCAACGGAACUCCGAGGAGCAGAAAGACCGUUGCGCUGAAAGACAGUCUUUCCGUCUGAAAACUGAAAAUCCCUUCUGUUCUUUUUGAUAAAUAAACGAUCCCUCCGCGUCAUUUUCACAUUCUUCGCCGUCAAAACAGGUCGAGAAGGCGUGCUGUUCCAGCCAAGACACACAAACAAAAUUACAGCACGUAGCAGUUAUAAAUGGACGCCAAUGAGAGAUGUUUCCGGCGAAACAUGCGGAUCCCAUACUUUUCUUUUCUCUUUCUCUUUCCGUUCAUUAAUUCACAACUCGAUUGCUCGAAGGCCCCGACGGCGGCCAUGAAGAUUGUGUGCAAUCAAAUUCAGAAGUGGGACCAGAAGGCCCGGGUGCGUCUCGUUCCCUCUUUAUUGUUGUAGAGUCCGUUUUCAGUCUACGCCGUCUUUGUCAGCCGACGUCAAGACUCCCGGAAUUGCGGGAAAAUCGAUGGCUGCCGAGUUCUCCCCAAUCGCGAGUAACGUCUUCCAAUGCAUGGACAUUGCAUGUCUCUGUGUGUUUUUCAGAGGUUUUGUAAAUGAGAUCACUUUGAUCCUUCUCCCAAUCAUCAGAUUCUUCAGGUACCGGCGGCAGUAACUGCGUCGUGCAAGGCCGUCCGUUGGGUAAAGUGGUGAGAAAGGAGUACCGGAUGCUUUCGGAUGACGAACGGCAGAGACUGCACUCGGCCCUCCGGACACUGAAGCAGAACGGAGAGUACGAUCGGCUGGCGAGAGUGCACGCGCAGUACGCAGAGAGCGGGGCCGCCCACUCGGGACCGGCGUUCCUUCCGUGGCACAGAGAAUUUGUGAAGAGAAUGGAGUUUCUGAUUAGGCAGGUAGGGGAGUAAUAGAAGACGAAAAUUAGUUCGGACUGAGGAGUUCAGGUGGAUCCAUCCCUUCAUUUGCCGUACUGGGACUCGAGUUUGGAUCAGAACCUUCCGGACUCGAAGAAUUCGAUACUGUAGGUACUAUAUGUUAGCAUUUUCUUUAUUCUGAAUUCAGAUGGUCAAAUGAGUUUAUGGGAGAUUCGAAUGGGGCUGUCAACAACGGACCAUUUAGAAGCUGGAAGACGAUUGAGGUUAUAUUGCAAAGCUAAGAAAUUGAAAGAAGUUUUAUGGAUUACAGAACAAACCAGCAAUCACAAGAGCAGUUGGAGCCCAGGGAAAAGGAUAUUCGGAAGAUGAGAUCAUUGCGAUGAUGGGUCAAGCUGAUAUUGCACAAGUUCUUGCGUUCUCCGCCCCACAAAAAGUUGGUUUUAUCAGAGAGAACUCGUCACGCUUCUAUUAUUCAGGGAUGCCCCUAUCAGCCCAACUUCAAUGUGCCCGAGUACACCCACGGAAACCCCCACAUCUACGUCGGCGGAGAUAUGCUCGAGACUUCCACAGCCGCCAACGAUCCAAUUUUCUGGAUGCACCACUCGUUCGUCGAUCAUCUCUGGGAGUUGUACAGACAGGCCAAACAGACGAGAGCCGCCCGCGAGACCGCCUAUCCAGCCGACAAUAAACUGUGCAGCAGUGAGCAUCACUUCAGAGCAGCGUUCAUGCGUCCGUUCACUCCGAUGCGAAACGCCGACGGACUGAGUAACAUGUACACGGACAACCUGUUCUCAUACGCGCCGAGACCUUCCUGUAAUGCGGGUCCUGACUGUGGAUCGAAGUCAGUCGCUCUUUUCACAUCUCUGGGUACACAUCAAACUUCUUUAGAUAUCUGUUCUGUGACAAAUCACACGGCGCACCGAAAUGUGCUGCUCGAAUGAAGCCCGGAGGCAAUUGUGCAAGCUUCACGAACGGAGAGCCUGCCUGUCAUCAGGGAUCUUGUCAGGGCGGGAAGUGCGUUGCCUCUUCUGCUACAGUCACUCCUCCGCCGACAAUUCAGCCGACGAAGCCAGUGGUGACUGUGGAGACGGCGUGCUUCAACGAGAAUGAGUGUUGUGGUCCGUGGACAGCGAAGGGCGAGUGCCAGAAGAAUCCUAUCUACAUGAAUGUUUGGUGCAAGGCAUCUUGCAGACAGUGCACUCCCAACUACGAUCUGAACAAUGGUAAGCUGAGUAAAUUACCGUAUUUUCCCUCUACGAAAGUGUUCAGAAUGUGCUGAUCGUCACUCGAACUGUGCCACGUGGUCUCGCUCAGGAGAAUGCACCAAGAAUCCGUUGUGGAUGGCUGAAAAUUGCAGAAAGUCGUGUCAGAGAUGCGAGCAAUCUAGGGCUGCAGUAUGCGGUGGAGGCGCUGAUAAUCUGAUUAGCAAUCGUAAUUAGAUUAGAAUACUUUGAAAGCUUUGCUUUGGAGUCAUUUCAGCGACCACAAGAGCCCCUGGAAUAAAUUUGAAUACCGGGGCCCAGAACAGUCCGUGCGACUCUCCGAUGUGCUACAACGAAGAUCAGUGCUGCCCAAUAUGGGCGCAACGAGGACAGUGCCAAGUACGUUCCACCAUUCCCUUCCUCUCAAUCAUUCAACCUUCAGACAAACCCAGGUUACAUGUUGUGUCAAUGCAAAGUCAGCUGUGGAGUGUGUCGACCGAACUAUGUGUACGGCCGUGAGUGAAUUCCCGCUAAGCUAUAUAUAUCAUUUCCAUUCGCUCUCUCUUCAGCUUGCGCCGACUAUCACCCAGACUGUGUUGCGUGGGCCCAAAGAGGCGAGUGUCCGAAGAACAAAUGGAUGCCCGAGAACUGCCGACGUUCUUGCAAUUCCUGUGUAAAUCCGUAAGCAAUUCCUUCACUUCAACACACUUCGAAUCUAUGCUUUUUCAGUCAGCAGCUGGCCGUCAGAUGCGCGACACGAAUUGCGCGUAGUGCGUUUUUGGAGCUGGUCCGAAUGAAAUGACACACUUUGUUUUCAUGUCUUCGAAAUUCUCUUUAAAAAUAAAAUAAUAAAACAUUGUAAGAUCUUGCCCGCCCACGGUCUCGAGCUGUCUCGCCCAUCACAUACUUCGCCUGACCGUCCAUCAAUCACACAAAAGACGCGCCGCUGAUGAAGCCGUCGAAAGAGUGUUAUGAGGGUUGCGAAGAAGUUGGUCAUUCUCGUUUCGACACGGUUUUCUUUUCUCGUCUCUUCUCUCGAUUUUGAUGUGAUUUGAGCUGACGCGCGAGGCAUUUAUCACACCCAAUCAUCUGGAAAAUGAUGAGAAUUAUGAUUUUUUACGUUCUCGCACUCUUUUUCCAUUUUAUAAAACUGUUCAUUUUGUGUGGAUGACUCAGCAUUCGAUCACCGGUUUUCGUUUUUCUCCCUCCAAAUAUAUUCUGGUUCCCACAAUUAAUUCGUACCUCGUGCCAAACCGUGGCUCCGUUAGUCUUUCUCUCUUUUUCUCCUCUUUCUCCCUCUCAAAACAAACCGUUUGUGUGUAGUUUUUUGUUUUUAUUAUAUUUCGUCCAACUAAUGAUAUCGUUUUUUGUCAGACGACACAAAUUAUUUCUUGCGAUUCUAUAUUUAGCAGUGUCUGCGAAUAUCUGCAGAUCAGAACGCGAGAAAAAAGAGAAAUGAGAAGAGAGACGCAGAGAAAAAAGACCGUCUUCUUGUGAAAGCCAUCGAGUGCGAAAGAUCCCAUUCUCUUACCGACGUCCACUUUUGCAGGUGCAAAAGUUAUUCUUCACACCAUUCAUUCCGCUUCGACCUCUCUUCCAAUGCAGGUUAGUGAACUGUCUCGAGUAUGUUCCCUCCAAUAAAAAAACAAAAAAGAACAAGUCAAAACGUAACCUCUUUCCGAAUGCCUUUCCACAUUAGAACCAGUUCUUCCAUUCCAAUUUUUUCAAGAUUAUCAAGCACGAGUUCUCCCUCCUACACACUCUCUCGCUAAUAGCCUGACCGCCGUAUUCUAAUUACCCAAUUUUUUCGUGUUGGACCCAGGAAAAAGGAAAUGAAAGUUUGUUGUCGUCAAACAAAAUCAUUGAAACCGUCGACUUUGACUGACCCAUCCCAUCCCAUUCAUUCUGUCACUAUCACUUCUAGAUUCAUUCAUUCUCGGGGUUUUUACGAGCCUCUCUCGACAAAUAUCUGUUCAGUUGGUAUCAUUGUCCGUCUGCUUGCAGGUAACAUGACUGUCGAGGACGAAGGCGUCGACCGGAGGGAAGACGAACAGGCCGGACUGAUCGAAGCAAACACGAAGAGAAAGGUGAGUUGUCCCACGAGUUAUCGUCUUUCUUCGCUCUUUCUCUUUCGAAGAUCGCAUUCAAACACUAGUGACCAGUUCAGGUGACAGAUGCCCAAACUAGCCAAACACUGUUUAAUGACCUCUCGAGUCACUCGCACAGUAAAUUAUCUUCUUGCCCUGAAAGAUCAGAUUGUUUCUUUUUUCUCUGACAAAAACGAAAAGAAGACAUCGAAAUCAUCAAUUCUGCAGACAGAUCAAACUUUUUCCCUGCAGAAAAGAUCACUGCCAAUCUGGAUAGAUCGACCGUAUCACGUAUGGAGGGACAAGUUCCAGCAGGACAAAUGCUGUCCGAAACGGAUGGUCAAAGCGGAGGUGAUCCAUCAAAUUAAAUUCAGAAUUUUCAACGAAAAUUUCAGCUGAUGAGCGCGUCCUACUACCUGCUCCUCCUCAACGGAUUUCUCGCUGCCUACAUUGUUCUCGGAUGUCAGGUCUUCGACCUCCGGUACCUCGGGGUGAACAGAGAGGUAGAUUUCCUGGACCGCGCCCUCUUCUGUGUCACCACCAUCUCCACAAUCGGCUAUGGAAACAUUGUUCCGUACGACGACAAGGGAAAAGUGAUAUGCAUGCUGUACUGCAUCGUCGGAAUUCCUCUUUUCUUCAUGACUGUCGCCUCGAACACUGUACUCUUCAUCGACUUUUGCAACAUCAUGUACAAGAGUAUCAACACGAAUGUAAGAAAUCGUAAAGCGUGCGUGCGAAUACAUCCACUUGUUACAGGCCAAACCAAGAACGUCCAUUCGGUGGUAUGUGUCUGCUCUGUUCCUUGCUCUUCAUUGUCUGGUCGGAUGCCUGAUUUUCUCUCAUUGGAUUGACGAACUGGAUUAUUUGGACGCCUUCUACUUCAGUUUCAUUUCCAUCACAACGAUCGGAUACGGUGAUUACUCCCCAUCUCCAGAAGGCCUUCUACAGUAUACCGUUGUUCUUCUCUAUUUAUUCACUGGAGUUGCCAUCAUGCUCAUCUUCUUUUCGAGUCUACAAAGAGGAAUCAUGUGGAUUCAUUACUACGGAAGGAAGGUUUCCGAUUCGGAAGAGGCUGAAAUCUGGUUCGGAGGACAGAUGAUGACUGUGAAAGAUCUCGUGACGAUCGUGGCGGAGCGAUUCGGAAGCACGCCCGAGAAGCUGAGGGAUCUAUUGCACGACCUGGACAAGAUACUAGAGGUCGCCUGUCAGCAGGCAGAAGAUGUCAGCGAGGAGGAGUGUACUCUCAUUCAGAGUGCUCCGUCGGAAGUGAAACGGGCGUCUCCGACUCUGCCAGCUCCCCGAAAGAAAACAGUGUUCUUGCAUAGUAGUUCUGACGGACCGGAUGAGUCUCAGGCCACAAUCCACUCGUUCACCAGCACCAAUCAGCGAUCUAUUCCAAAAGACACAGAACUGGUGAGUGACUGGAUCAUCCUCUGAUCAUUCUCAUCUUUUCCUCACAGGCAAUUCUCGCCCUCGGCACCAUACAACACCACUUGAGAAAACCGUCUGUGCGUGCGAAAGCGGGUCAUCCGAGGACACCGCCCGUUGCUCCGAAAACGAUCUCCAAACCCGCAUCUGUAAAGAGAUCAAAGAACUCUAGCAGAGUCUAAAGUAAACGUUUUGUUUCAGGAUACUACAAUGGAUGCACACUCGACGUCCCUCGAUCUACGCAAGAAAGCUCACCGGGUGCACAGCGACAAAAGGCUUCUGCAAGAAAUCUAA